AUGGCGGACAGAGCAGCGCUGUGCCAAGUCUUCGACAGCAUAUUCUACGAUGUGCCCAUGUCGCGAGUCAAGUUCAAUGCGAACACUGAGUACGCAUACCUGCAGAAUUUCAAGGUAUUACAGAACACGUUCGCCAAGCACCAUGUCGACAAGCCCAUCCGCGUCGAGUCGCUCGUAAAGUGCAAGAUGCAGGACAACCUCGAGUUCCUCCAAUUCGUCAAGCAGUACUGGGACCAGCACUUUCCCGGCCACGAGUACGACCCCGUCGCCCGUCGCAAGGGUCAGGGCGGUGUCGCGACCGGAGCCACACCUGCACCCCGCGCCGCAGCAUCGACUGCCCGAAGAGCACCAGCUGCUAGCAACACGGCUGCGCCUAGGACACGCACACCGCUUGCCUCUGGGGGAGGUGCCGCCAGCGCCGCUCUGCGCGAGGAGAACAGUGCUCUCAAGGAGACUGUCACGGGCCUCGAGCGCGAGAGGGACUUUUACUUCAGCAAGCUGCGCGAUAUCGAACUGCUGAUCCAGCAAGCAAUGGAGGCCGACCCUGAGCUCGAGAAGGACGAGGGGCUGCUCAAGCAGAUCCAAAACAUUCUCUACUCCACCGAAGAGGGCUUCGAGAUCCCACCAGAGGCUGAGGGCGAGGGUGCGGAGGAGGAGACGUUCUAG